GACGUCGUACGCAAUAGCUCGUGUAGUCACCGCAGGGAAAAAUACUACUGAAGAUUUUCUGUAUUCCUAGUUUCGCCACCACAGUCGGCUCCGAAUUAUAAUCUGGCAUUUAUUUUAAGGCGUUACCUCAAAAAUAAUUAGCUUCAUACUUAAUACAGAGACGGUUGCUUUGAAGUUAUGAUGCAGUUUGAAUAUUGUUUUAAUAUUACGGAUUUUUUAAGAUAGGCUUGCUAGGGCUGCCAUUCACAGGCGCUAAGAUGUCAACGAUUUGGAGUCCACGAAUCCGUCACCUUGACCAAAGUAUUUAAGGUAUUCCUUGCACUUGACCCCUAUUCAGCAAUAGACAAUUACUUUCAAUCCAUCUAUCUUCCUUGCUGUUAAUUUCCUAGUCAAAACAGCUAAACAAAUACUUGAGAUCAGUGACCUUAUUACCGGCUUUUCUCCCCAUUCCUAAUUUUAACCUCCACUCCGCUUUUUCAAUACUUAAUUAUUCCCAGCCCUGAACCUGACACCGACACCCUCUUAUAAACCUGUCCCCACCCCAUCCCCUUAACCCGGGUCCCAUCAGACCUGCAGCAUUGCCAUGCUGAGCUGUGUGCUGCGUAGGAGCAUGUCUCACAGACUGAGUGUGUUUCUGGUGGUCUUCGGCCUGGCCUGGUGUCUGCUGCUGCUUCACUACACCAUCACACAACCACGGCGCCAGAGCAGCGCCGAGCUCCGCCAACAGAUCCUCGAGCUCAGCCAUCGCUAUGUCAAAGUCCUUAGCGAGGAGAACCAGAACCCUUCAGGGCCCCAUGGCACCUCCAUGGCAGGUUAUGCUGACUUGAAGAAGACAAUUGCUGUGCUGUUAGAUGAUAUUCUCAACCGUUUGGUGAAGUUGGAAGGGAAAGUGGAAGUUGCUGUGAAUGCCUCCAUACAGAACAUCUCCCAUCCUGCUGCUGGUGCUGGCACUCUUCUUGCUGCCAGAGUCACCGUUUCCAGGUCCACCAAACAAAAUAUGUCUGCUCAACGACUAGACAGACUUAGUAACCCUCUGCACUUCCUGCCACAAUCACCUAAAAGAUCACAUAAGCCACACUCUUUAAAAUAGCAAACUGUGGUCAUGGACAUCAUCUGCGCCACUACAGCAAAGACUGAGAGAUAAAUAUAUAUAUAUAUAUAUA